UCUGCAUCCAUUUCCUGGUUACCCUUUUGUCUUGUUGUUUACUCAGACAUCAGAGCACCAUAAGAACAGCGAUCAAAGUUGAAAGGGGAAAAUGGCAGGGUCUGUACCGCCUUGCGUUAGUGAGUUGCGAAUAGUGCUCAUUAGACCUGACACAUAUGGGUCCGACACUGUGGCAGACAUCAUUUUAGGAAGAAAGGUGUUUGAGCCUGGAAAUAAUGUUACUCUGAAGAGUGAGAGUCAAGUGAAGGAAGUGAAUGGAAGGAAAGUAUGUUUGGUCAAAGCCCCUGUCUGGCUGAGAGGGUAUUCUCUGUGUGACACACCUAACCUUGUGAAAGAUGAACUUGUGCUCAGUGUAGCUCAGCACCCGCCUGGACCCCAUACUUUCAUCAUUGAGAUUGAGGCUAACCUGCCAUUUACCAACCUAUGCAGGAGAUCAGUACAGCAGCACUUGGAGCUACUUGGAGAGAACGUGUGGAAUCACACUUUAGUGCUUUUCACUUAUUUGGACUGGCAGGACAACUACACAGUUGAGCAGCACAUUGAGAGUGAAGGGGAGGCCCUCCAGUGGCUGUUAAAGAAAUGUGCGAACAGGUAUCAUGUUUUUAACAGUGGUCAGAAUGACCUUCAGGUCGAACAGUUGUUCGAGAAGGUGGAAGAGAUGGUUACGGGAAACAAUGGCCGCCAUUUUGAAAUUGACAGUAAACUGCUGAGUCACACUGAACAAAGAAGGAGUGAAGUGAAAGAGAAAGCAAAGGAAAGACGUCUAAGAUUGCAAGAGGAAAAAAAGCAGCCUAAAAGACAAGAAGACCUCAGACUUGUAAUGUUAGGAUGGGUCAUGGCUGGAAAAAGUGCAUCCGGAAACAUCAUCUUAAAUACGGAUGACUUUGGAAAAGAGGGACACACAACAAGGAGUGUUAAAUAUUAUGGAGAGGUAGAGGAACUUAGGACAACUAUUGUCGACACACCAGGAUGGUGGAAGUUCUUGGGAGCAGAGUUCACAUCAGACUCAGUAAAGGACGAGAUCCUGGAAGGUGUGUCUAUGUGCUCUCCAUAUCCCCAUGCCUUCCUCCUGGUGAUCCCUGCAGAUACGUCCUUCACAGAAGAACUGAAGAAGAUUGUACAAGACAACAUGAAGCUUCUAGGAGAGGAGGUUUGGAGCCACACCAUAGUGAUCUUCACUUAAGUGAAGUGGUUGGGUGACUUUACCAUUGAGGAUCACAUUGAGAGUGAGGGGGAAGCUCUACAGUGGUUGAUAGAAAAAUGUGGGAACAGGUAUCACAUCUUUGACAGAGACGUGAAGGACAUAAAUAAUGUCCCAGAGCUGGUGAGAACAAUAGAAGAGAUGGUGUCAGGGAACAGUCCAUAUGAGGCGAGCAGAGAGACACAGAGCCCCGUGGAGGACAGGGUCUCCACAGUUGUCCAGAAGGAAGAUGCACCACUUUUAAAGAUGGUGGAAGUUCUCUACAGGGAAUGGGACUGGAGAGCUUCAGAAUGGAAUGAAAUUGAGAAACGCGUACACAUGGCAUCAGGACCACCUCUUUCACAGGGAAAUCAGAGGGGAAUACAGAGCAUGGAUCAGUCGUUGGAUUUCCAUGGUGAUAUUCCAGCCAAAGUGAGUGGUAAAUAUGAAAGGAAACUUCACAGAAGUGUCAAACAGGAGGGCAAAAUAGGAACUUUGCUUGGCAAUUCCUUUUGGGGAGGAAAGGAGAGCUUCUCAGAAUUAAUGGAGAACACCUUGAAAACUUUUGUUGAAGACAAACAGGAAUCUUUGGGUGUUGAAUCACUUGAGUCUGGCGAGACAGUACUCAAACCCCAAUGGAAGGAACUAAUUGAGAAGGAGUGGAGUCGAAGAGAAAAUGUGUUGAUAUAUACUGUCAUACACAAGUGUAAAGUUCAACUGGAAAAUUAUGCAGAUAACACCUCUAAACUUGAUCCUCAAGAAAAGGCAAGAGCUCAACAGAAAGUCAGCUCAUGGUUAAGCCAAGGAUAUCAAUCUGGAACACACGUGGAAACCCCAGAGAGCAGUGACAGAGAAUAGCGGCAAUAAAUAAAUAUCUUAUUUUAAGUCAA